AUGUUUUUCAAUAUUUUUUUAGAAAACAAAAAAGCAAAAUCAUUGGGGGCGGAGGCGCAGCCGCAACCAAAGGCGCAGCCGCAGCGACAACCCCAGGCCCAGCCGCAGCCGCACCAGCAGCCGCAACCACAGCCACACCAGCAGCCGCAACCACAGCCGCACCAGCAGCCGCAACCCCAGCCGCAGCUGCAGCAAGACAUGCAGCAAAUAAAGAAUUUUAUGCACAUGCUGCAACAUGCUGGCAGCACCAGUUGGCACACCAACAACCGUAGCCGCACCAGCCGCCGGCACAACAGCAAUAAACAGAAUAUACUACAUACAUAUCAAUGGAACAGCGGCAGCUGGAGCGGCAGCGGGUCAGAGAAUGCCGCCAGCUGCGGUGGCAGGCCAAUCUAA